CUGGCCGGCGACGAAACCUGACGGACAUCGCAUUAUGCUGAAGCUCUUCGCAUGUCGUCGGACAACCUCUCGAGGCCUGCCCAAAAUUACAUCUUUACCCUCAUCCCCAAUGCUCUGUGUCUCUCGAUUUCUGAGCCACUCUCCAUUAUCUGAUGAAGAAGACAUUUACGACCCUCCAUUCUCACCUACCUCCAAAACCCUCCUUAAACCCCCGGCAGGGAGACAACACAAGAAGAAAAAUGAACAAAAGAAAGCUCGAGGAGGGAAAAAGGGUUCCUCAAAUGUGCUUGAUUCCCGAAAUGCCCUGAAUUUUCCGGUAAAGUCGGACCUACCCUUUGAUUUCAAGUAUUCCUACUCUGAGACCAACCCGGAUGUGAAGCCAAUCGGGUUUCGCGAACCGCCGAGGUUCUCUCCGUUUGGUCCUGGUCGGCUUGACCGGAAAUGGACCGGGACGUCGGCCCCGGCUGAAGAGUCUGUGGAUUCGGAGAAGUUGGCCGAGCAACGGAAAAAGGUUUUUGGGGAACCUUUAAUGAAGGAGGAGAUUGCAGAGCUCGUGGAGAAAUAUAGGCAUAGUGAUUGUUCUCGCCAAAUCAAUUUAGGGAAAGGAGGAGUUACUCACAACAUGCUGGAAGACAUUCAUAACCAUUGGAAGAGGGCUGAAGCUGUGAGGAUUAAGUGCUUAGGGGUGCCAACUCUUGACAUGGACAAUGUUUGUUUUCAUCUCGAGGAUAAAUCUGGUGGGAUGAUAAUUUAUCGUCAGAGUAACGUUCUCCUGCUAUACAGAGGUCGGAACUAUGAUCCUAAAAAUAGACCAGUCAUUCCUUUGAUGCUGUGGAAGCCAUAUGCGCCAAUAUAUCCAAAGCUUGUGAAGCCUGUUGCUGAUGGCCUGACAUUUGACGAGACAAAGGAGAUGAGAAACAAAGGGCUCAACUCUGAUCCCAUAAUGAAACUCACCAGGAAUGGUGUGUAUGUGAAUGUGGUAGACAGAGUGAGAGAUGCAUUUAAGACCAAGGAAGUUGUUAGACUAGAUUGUGCACACGUGGGGACUAGUGACUGCAAAAGGAUCGGAGUUAAGUUACGGGAUCUGGUACCUUGUAUUCCUAUCUUCUUCAAGGACGAACAAAUAAUACUUUGGCGGGGAAGGAAUGAUCAGAUAUACAGCUCAAGUGCAGUGGAACUUGCAGCUUAAAAAGAUGCUAGUUUUGAGUCCUAGGUUGUUGGCAUCCCGGGCUUAUAGGCUAUAGCUAACGGAUUGGACUACCUUGUAAAUACAAUACCAACUAAAGAGGAGACAAUUAGAAAAGAGAGUUCAUAAUGGAAAGAACAUUAUAUUAGACUGUGGAGUAAUCGCCUCCCAUUUUGUCAUUCGUAUUUAGUGUCCCGCUGUGCAACGAUGCCAUUGUUGCGUAACAACCUUUUUUCUUUUCGUCUAAAUUUUAUUUAUCAAACAGA